AUGUCAUUUGGCCAGCACUUUCGUUGGGCCAGAAGCAACAAGAAAAAGUGGGUCUAGUGGCUAUUGUUUUCUGCAUGCUGAUGCGCACAAUGGAAAAGCCAUAUACAUAUACUUAGAUAUCUAUAUUUGAAAAUCUGGACAGCAACUGAAAGAGGCAAUGGUAAAGGUAGGAAAACAGCAAAGGGCAAAACUGCGGUUUAGUUGCAAAACGUAGCUCGAGUCUCGGAGAUGGCACUGCAGCUGCAAAUCGAAAAGCUCAAAGGUCUGGACAAUUACAAGGCCUGGUCGAUGACUGUGCGGGCGUAUCUGGAGUCCGAGGCACUCUGGUCGGUGGUUGAAAAUGGUCCCGAGAAUAACGAAGAGUCCCUGCUGAAGGACAAGCGAGCCAAGUUCUUGAUCCUCUGCCUGAUCGAGACCAAGUUGUGCCAAUUCAUGGUCAGCAUCCGCACGGCCCGGGAUCUGUGGAACUAUUUGCGCACCCAGCACUCGUUGCGCUAAAAUCAAAUAUAUCAGUUUCAGUCGAUUGUAUUGCAUAAAUAUAUAUAAAUUACAUUUCA